UGAAUGACCCAAGAAGUAGCAAGUGACUACUAGUUUGUAGAUUCCUCUCCAUUGGGUUGGAGUUGAGAAGAGUACUUAAGUAGGGUUGCACGCUGGCUGCUGUCUCUUUCUGCAGUUUAUAAGUAAAACGCAAUCCAGAAUCUCUCAAAUUCAAUUCAAUUCACUUCAUAAUUAUUCUCAUCUCUUCGUCACAACCCCUUUCUCUGUUUCUCUCGCUAUUCGCACCUCCCAACUCACUCCGAUACGACGACGACAAUGGGUGCUUCUCUUCCUCCUAAAGAGGCCAACCUCUUCAAACUCAUUGUUAAAUCCUAUGAAACCAAACAAUACAAAAAGGGUCUCAAAGCGGCCGAUGCCAUUUUGAAAAAGUUUCCAGAUCAUGGAGAAACUUUAUCGAUGAAGGGUUUGACAUUAAAUUGCAUGGAUCGUAAAUCUGAAGCAUAUGAACUGGUUCGCCAAGGAUUGAAGAAUGACCUUAAGAGUCAUGUUUGCUGGCAUGUUUAUGGUCUUCUCUAUCGGUCCGACCGAGAAUACAGGGAAGCAAUCAAGUGCUAUCGAAAUGCACUAAGGAUAGAUCCUGACAAUAUUGAAAUCUUACGUGAUCUAUCUCUCUUGCAGGCUCAAAUGCGAGAUUUAUCUGGCUUUGUUGAGACGCGGCAACAACUUCUGACUCUUAAGUCAAAUCAUCGCAUGAACUGGAUUGGAUUUGCUGUUUCACAUCAUUUGAACUCUAAUGCAUCAAAAGCUAUUGAAAUUCUGGAAGCAUAUGAAGGGACAUUAGAAGAUGAUUAUCCUCCAGAAAAUGAACGGAUUGAGCAUGGUGAAAUGAUUUUAUAUAAGGUCUCUUUGUUAGAGGAAUGUGGAUCUUUUGAAAGAGGUCUUGAGGAGUUGCAGAAGAAGGAGUCAAAAAUUGUUGAUAAGCUUGGAUAUAAAGAACAAGAGGUUUCACUAAUAGUCAAGCUUGGUCGCUUAGAAGAAGGCGAGAAAUUGUACCAGGCAUUGCUUUCCAUGAAUCCAGACAAUUAUAGAUACUAUGAAGGCCUUCAACGAUGUGUUGGGUUAUAUUCAGAAAAUGGUCAAUUUUCUCCUGAUGAAAUAGAUCGAUUAGAUACCCUGUACAAAACACUUGGGCAGCAAUUUAAGCGGUCAUCUGCUGUUAAGAGAAUACCAUUAGAUUUUCUUCAAGGUGACAGAUUUCGAGAAGCAGCAGAUAGUUAUAUUAGACCUCUCCUGACUAAGGGAGUUCCAUCUCUAUUCUCAGAUCUUUCUUCUUUAUACAAUCACCCUGGGAAGGCAGACAUUUUGGAACAAAUUAUUCUUGAGUUAGAGAACUCUAUUAGGACGACCGGUCAAUACCCUGGGAGGGUGGAAAAAGAGCCCCCUUCAACUUUUUUGUGGACUUUGUUCUUGUUGGCUCAGCAUUAUGACAGGCGUGGCCAAUAUGAAAUAGCACUUUCUAAAAUUAAUGAGGCUAUAGAACACACACCUACUGUCAUUGAUCUAUACUCUGCCAAGAGUCGGAUACUGAAGCAUGCUGGUGAUUUGGCUGCUGCUGCUGCAUUUGCAGAUGAAGCUAGGUGUAUGGAUCUCGGUGAUCGUUAUGUUAAUAGUGACUGUGUGAAACGCAUGCUGCAGGCUGAUCAGGUGGUUUUGGCAGAAAAAACUGCCGUGCUAUUCACAAAAGACGGGGAUCAACACAACAACCUCCAUGACAUGCAGUGCAUGUGGUAUGAGCUUGCCUCUGCUGAAAGCUACUUCCGCCAAGGGGAUCUUGGGCUGUCUCUCAAAAAAUUCUUGGCAGUGGAGAAGCAUUAUGCAGAUAUUACUGAAGACCAAUUUGAUUUUCAUUCAUACUGCUUAAGGAAAAUGACAUUGCGUACAUAUGUGGAAAUGCUUCAAUUUCAAGACAGAUUGCAUUCGCAUGCAUAUUUUCGUAAAGCAGCUGCUGGAGCUAUCAGGUGUUAUAUAAAAUUGCACGAUUCUCCUCCAAAGUCAACAGCUGAGGAGGAUGAUGAAAUGUCCAAGUUGCCUCCUGCUCAGAAAAAGAAAUUGAAGCAAAAACAGAGAAAGGCAGAAGCAAGAGCUAAAAAAGAGGCAGAAGAGAAAAAUGAAGAAUCAAGUGUUAGUGGGAUAUCAAAAUCUGGGAAACGUCAUACAAAGCCUGUUGAUCCAGAUCCUCGGGGGGAAAAGUUGUUACAGGUUGAAGAUCCAUUGUUGGAAGCCACAAAAUACUUGAAGUUGCUGCUGAAGAAUUCACCUGAUUCACUGGAGACACACUUGCUCUCCUUUGAAUUAUACAUGAGAAAACAGAAGAUUUUGCUAGCUUUCCAGGCUUUAAAGCAAUUACUAAGAUUGGAUGCUGAACACCCUGAUUCUCAUCGUUGCUUGAUUAAAUUCUUCCAUAAAGUGGGAUCCAUGAAUGCUCCCGUGACUGACAGUGAGAAACUCGUUUGGAGUGUCUUAGAAGUUGAGCGUCAAACUAUAAGUCAGCUGCACGGGAAAUCUCUUCUUGAGGCAAAUAGCCUUUUCCUUGAAAAACAUGAAGGUUCUAUGAUGCAUAGAGCUGCUUUUGGAGAAAUGAUGUACAUUUUAGAUCCCAAUAGGAGAGCCGAGGCUGUCAAGUUGAUUGAAGGCUCAACAAAUAACCCUGUGUCAAGCAAUGGAGCACUUGGACCAAUCCGAGAAUGGACACUUAAAGACUGUAUUGCAGUUCAUAAACUUCUUGGAUCAGUUCUUGAUGAUCAAGAUGCUGCAUUGAGAUGGAAAGUGCGAUGUGCUGAGUUUUUCCCAUACUCUACAUACUUUGAGGGUAGUCAAAGCUCUGCCUCGCCCAACUCUGCUCUCAAUCAAAUAUGCAAGACCACCAUAAAUGGUAGUUCUAGCCAUUCACCGGGUGAUAACAUUGUGGAAUCUGUCACGUCAAACGGCAAACUAGCAUCAUUUAAAGAUCUUACUAUCUAACAAAGUAGAAGUUCCCACUUCCCAGCUCACCGAGUUUUGGUGCAGGUUAUAUCAAAUUUUGGGAACAAGUCGCGAUAUAUAUUUUCUUUGCACAAGUUCUCCCUCUAAACUGAUUUGUAUUCCAUUUGCAAAUGUGUAUAAUUUUAUCUUAGGGUUGAAUUUUUUAUUUGAUCGGCUCUUUUCUCGAGGGAUGUGGUAGAGCAGGGUCAAUGGAUUUAUCGUCCUAGGUAGCAGGGAGAGCUACUGAAAUUUUAAAUUUCUGGUCCUGCAUACGGCGGCCAGUAUACAUGAGAGCAUGUUGUACUUUUCCAUUUGUUAGUUUCUUUAUCGUGUAUAAAUAUUUAAUUAUGUGAAAAUUUUGGCUUAGAAAUCAUACAUUAAUUUAUGUGAAACCGUUGGUUGAGUUCUAGCAGAUUUGUAAUGAGUUAUGAUAAAAUAAAGACUUAUUUCCAUUUUUGGCACCCAAG